UCUCCUCCUCUGCACUAAAUUUGCCAGAAUCCAGCAGGGUUUUUGUAGUUUUUACCCAGGGGUUUUCUCCUCUCUCUCUCUCUCCUCCCCACACUGCCACCUCUCUCCUCUCUCUUUUCUUACAAUUCAAGUUUCUUUCUUGAUCACUCCCUUGUUUCGGUGGCUCCUAUAAAAAGGAAAAGAUUUUAUCUUUUUUACUAUCAAUUUUUGAUACUUUUUGUUUAGGAGCUUUGUAUUCAUGGCUUAUCAGAUGAGUCCAGGUGGUAGUAGUGGUGGUGGUUCGGGUAAUUCGCCGUUUGUGGGUCGGGGCCCAUACGGGGCUGGAGGAGAUACAACUUAUACAAAAGUUUUUGUGGGUGGGUUGGCUUGGGAGACAAAGAGUGAAUCACUGCGCCGUUAUUUUGAGCAGUUUGGUGAUAUUAUUGAAGCUGUUGUCAUCACUGAUAAACAUACUGCCCGCUCCAAAGGCUAUGGCUUUGUGACAUUCCAUGAUCCUGAAGCAGCUUGGAGGGCUUGCGCCAAUCCUAAUCCAAUUAUUGAUGGCAGAAGAGCAAAUUGUAAUUUGGCUUCACUUGGACGACCUCAAGGAGUUUUACCUUAUGGACGUUUGAGAUCAUCAAUGCCCUAUCUGGGAAAUCCACAGGCCAUGAGGGGUAUGUAUAUGGGCAACCCCAUUUACCAGCUACCAAUUCCUUACAGCUAUCAGCCUGGAUUCUCAUAUCCUCAAUAUAGGUUUCCUGCAUAUGGGCCAGACUACGUCUAUCCACAAAUGUAUGGGAUACCAAGUACUGUUGGCACGAACUCAUUGCAAUUUGGCCAACUUGGUAUGCAACCUGGCAGUCCUGCAUACGCAUUUCGUGGUCAUAUGAUGCCAGGUCCUCAGAUGGUGCAAUAUCAGAGACCUAAUACUAACGGAGCUACAACAGACAAUGUUCCUGUCAUGCAACUACCAUAUCAUUCAGUGAAGCUGCUUGAUUACCCCGUUUCUUCAGGCAUCACCAUGUCGUCCCCUCGUCAGUCACAGAUUGCAGCUCGCCCACCACAAUUCACGCAGAGCAGUGGGUCUGACCAAAUGGCAGGUUGAAUUGUUGAAGGAACUGGUGUAUCACGGAUGAAUUCAAGGAUUUGGCUCGCUCUAUAACUUGUGUGGUAGACUUGGAAUAUGACCUUGAACGUCAGCGGGGAGGCAACAAAGAGGUCUUUCAAAGUCAUGGCCACCAAAUAUUCGAGGGAAUCACUUGUAAUGUAUCAAGCAGUCCAGAUAACCAUAUCAGAAAUGAUGAGGAAGUGCUUGGACUGCUCUUUUCGCAGUCUCUGUAUGGAGACAGAUUAUAUAAUUGAAUUGACUGUGGGAAGAUGGUUUCCACAAUCAUGUUUAGCAGAAUCAACAUAUGAUUCUUUAUAUAUACCUGGGUUAUCCAGGACUGUAGGUCGACUCUUUUACUUGAUGUCCAUUUGAAUAGUGUCUCUUUUAUUUUGUUUUUUUGGUGUUCCGAUCUCCGUAGGGCUAGGGGAUCGUUAUCCAGGACUGGAGGUCAACUUCGUUUUGUGGUUCCAGUGUGUUUGUGGUUCCUUCAGAACGAAGUCUCUCACUCAUGACCUCCUCUCCUAGCAAAGGAGAAUAAAGGUCCAAAGGAAGGAAAGUCGGGCUCACUUUGAGGGUUGGAGAAGGUCUCUGGUGCGAGAUUGUGCGCUCAAAUUGAUGGUAUAGAAUCCAUUUGUACGCAAAUCCGCAGCCAAGAUGUGCCCGGGGCAUGUUACUGCCAAGAUGUCCAUUUUGUUUCCUAGUCUGGUUUCUGUUAGAAACAUGCAAUAGAUGUAUUGAUCACUUAAUUUUCAUUUUUCUGGACUUGCUUUUGUAGUGAAGAGUAAUGCCAGACCAGUAUGUGUUUUUUCUUGUGCACCAGAAACUCUCUAGGAGCAUCAAACCUCCAGUUGCCCCCAUGAUCAGUGGUAGUUUCAGAUUAGUGUAGGUUAAAACAUAGUUAUAUGACAACCUUUGACAAGGAUUUCCUUUGACGGGACACCAGGAUCUGUUGGAAGAAACAUAAAAGGAUUUUCUAUCAAAUUGGACGAACAGGAGAUGUUCUUGGAGAACAUGUUGCCCAGCUUAAAAUGUCUCGUCAAAUGACACGACCGUUGUCCGUGCUGAUUGCUAUAUCUUCUUUCAGUACUGCUCUUGUAAUUGUUUCUCUUCUUUUUCCAUUUUUCCUCGCCCCACACCACCUUAUAGGAAGGGGUGUCAAAUGGCAUCAUGUAUUGAUUCCCCUUAAUUUUCUGGUAUGUUUACUUUUAUAUAUUUUGACA